AUGAACCGGCUUGGUGAAGAGCUCGUGAAUGUGGAUGCGCGCCUCAUGGCCGAGGAUCUUCGGUUAGAGGAGGAGCGGCAUAAGCUGAAGGAAGAGGCCCAGGAAGCAGACCGCCAUCGCGAGGCCGCGGAGAAGCGCGCGUGGGAGCUCCAAGCCUGGAGCGCCUCCUUGGAGCAGCAAGUGGAGGCACGCAGAGCCACCGUCGCAUCGUUGAGGGGGACGCCUGCCGAAGAGGAAGAGAUCCUGAAGCACGAGGAGGCGUUGGCGCUAGAAGCCGUGGAGCGUAGCCUUGAGCUUGAGCGACUGGAGACGAGGGAGCGUCAGGUUGCCCAGGCGGAGGACGCUGUUGGCAAGCGUCAGGCCAGGGCCCAGGAGGAGGUCGAUCGCCGGGUGGCCGAGGCUCAUGCGGAUCUUGAGGGUUGGUAUGACCUGAAGCUGAAGCGCGUCGAAGACGAGGCUGCGGGCAGGACUACCGCCCUCAAGUCUAAGCUGGCUGAGGCGGAGCGGCGAGAGGAGGCCACCGCAACCGCCCUGGUCUCGGUGCAGGCUGAACUAGCUUCCGCCUGCGCCGAGCUGCCCCCUCUUCAGUAG